AUGGAAAACCAGCAGGAAGAAAACACACCGAGUCCUAGGGCGGAAACCAUAGGAAGCCAACAGGACAUAAAUACCCCGAGUCCUAGAGAAGAAAUCAUGGAGGGUCAACAGGACAUGAGCACUUCGGGUCCAGGAGCGGACACAAGUACCUCGAGUCUUCGAGCGGAGACCCCUCCGAGACAAAUUCGUGCUCAAGGAGGUUCUUCCUCUGCACAGGGAUUUUCUGUUUCUCAAAGGAUCAACGAGGCCCGUUUUGCCUUGUCAAGCGUUGUAGGACUUGAUCAGCAAAUCUCGUCGCCCGAUGUAAGUUCAUCAUUUAAUACACCCGUUCACCGUCGCCACUUUGCCAUUCCGUCAAAUGGCUUAAGUUCUUCUCCCGCGACGGUGACUUCCUUGGCAACACCGCGAGCAGGACCAACAAGAAGACAUCUAAGCUUUAACAGACGCGUGGUACCUAGUUUGAAUGAAGACCCGGAACACCUUGUCCAAGAUCCGUCUACUGACCCUCUGAGAGCUCUGUUAGAUGAUGAAGGGCCUAGAGGUUCCAGUCCUGCACCGGCCACGCCAAGAACUCCGCGAACCCCUAGGCAUAAACGCGGGGACAUUCACAGCAAUAUCAACCUUUCGAUGCUCGAAGAAAAGCCCGAUGUGAAUGUCACCGAGGGCGAUAACGAAAUGAUGGAAGAAGAAGAAAGAAAAGAUAGGAAGGACCAGAUAUGGGGCACAAAUGUUCAAAUAAAAGAAGUAAAGGAUUAUUUUGAAAAAUUUCUUCUCAAUUUCAAGCUUCAAUUCCGUAAGGAAAGGGAAGGUUUUGCCGUGACAGAAUUAGAUCGGCAACCGUUUUAUAUAUAUUACAUGGAAAAGAUCAAGGAAACUCAGAUUUAUAAGAUGAAUCUUGACAUGCAAAACCUUCUUGCAUACGAACACACGCGAAAGCUAUAUUAUCAACUCAUGAAUUAUCCACAAGAAAUCAUCCCCAUUUUUGAUGACGUGCUUACUUCAGUUUACAAGAGAAUUUGUGAAAUUGAUGAUCCCCAUGGACUGGUGAUGUUAAAGGUACGACCUUUCAACCUGGGAAAAUCCACAAACAUGCGAGAAUUAAAUCCAUCCGAUAUCGACAAAAUCGUGUCGGUUAAAGGUCUCUUGAUUCGUACCUCGCCUAUAAUUCCUGAAAUGUCGGCCGUCGAGGUGGAUCGCGGAAAGAUUGACGAGCCAUCAAAAUGCCGUCGGCGCGAUUGUAAUUCGUCAAGUACAAUGACGCUAAUACACAAUAGAUCCUCUUUUAAAGACAGACAGGUGUGUCGAUUGCAAGAAACGCCGGAUUGCAUUCCCGACGGGCAGACUCCACAUUCGGUUUCACUUUGCUUGUAUGAUGACUUGGUGGACACGGCAAGACCUGGCGACAAGGUGGAGUUGACCGCGAUUUAUCGUUCUGCGCCGAUUCGAGUUCACCCACGAAAACGAGCCAUCAAAGCAUUGUUCAAAACCUAUCUAGACGUAGUACAUAUCGCUAAAUCUGAUAGAAAUCACAUGACCACACAUUCAGAAUAUAAUUUCAGCUAUGAUGAAAACGAUGAAAAUGAUGAUCUUCAUAUUUCCGAAAAAGCUCCUGUGUUCAGCAAUGAUGACGACCAAGAUGAUGACGACAGCAACAUUAACGGUACUUCCAAUAAGCAUGAGAAUAAGCCAGAAUUUACCGAAGAAGAAAUUCGUUACUUUGAUGAAUUGUCAAGAAACCCGGAUUUAUAUGGAUAUUUAGCGCGCUCUAUAGGCAGUAUUUUCGGAUUGGAAGAUAUUAAAAAGGGCGUCCUUCUACAACUGUUUGGCGGGACCAAUAAAAAAUUUGAAAAAUCCGGUUCACCUCGUUACCGAGGGGAUAUAAAUGUUUUGCUGGUGGGCGAUCCUGGCACCGCGAAAUCGCAGAUGCUACAGUACGUACAUAAAAUAGCCCCUCGAAGCAUUUAUACUUCAGGCAAAGGGUCUUCAGCCGUAGGUCUUACGGCUUAUGUCACCAGGGACCCUGACACCAAACAGAUGGUGCUUGAAAGCGGCGCCUUGGUGCUUAGUGACGGAGGAGUGUGUUGCAUCGACGAAUUUGACAAGAUGUCAGAUGGAACACGUGCCAUACUUCACGAAGUGAUGGAGCAACAAACAGUGUCGGUCGCCAAAGCCGGAAUAAUUACGACGCUCAACGCCCGAACCUCAAUUCUUGCUUCUGCCAAUCCAGUAGAUUCAAAGUACAAUCCCAAACUUUCCAUACCUGUUAAGACCCUGACGAAAUACAUAAAAUAUGCUCGCAAAAAAUUCCAACCGAUAAUCGGUGAUGAUGAAUCAGCAAAUGCCCUAGUCAAAGCAUACGUAGAUUUGCGAAAGAGAGGAAUUGACUCUCGCACAUCGGAA